CAGCAUUUUUCCAUGGUAUUUUGUCGUAGCACGCCAUGGCGCUGGUGAGCUGGAAGACUGCGCGGAUCACACGGCAAGGGCUGGCCCUGCUGGAGAGAGGCGAGUGGCUGACGGAUGAGGUCAUGACUUUCUGGCUGGAGUACUUCAGCACCGCUGCCCCACCAGAUGGUCUGGGUCAACCGCAAGAUGUGCUGGUCAUGGAUCCGGUCUUGGGGAAUUUGAUUGUCUUUGAGGAGGAUCCCGAAGAUUUGAAAGACCUGAUUGACUCCCUAGAACUUACACAGAAACGCCUCAUCGUCGUUCCGGUGCCAGACCGGCAGGACAAAGGCGGCCGGGGCAAGUACGAAGGAGUGCACUGGGCCUUGCUCGCCUUGGCACGGGAUGGGGAGGAGCUUCGAGGGUCCUACUAUGAUUCCAUGGGCACCGGCAAUCUGCACACCGCCCAACUAUUGGCUGCCAAGCUGGCCCCAAAGACGGAAGUCAGGGUGGCACCGGCGGGGAAGCAGCAGAAUGCCUGUGACUGCGGAGUGUUCGCUCUGCUUUUCGCCGAAGCAUUGUGUCGCGACAAGGAUCCAAAGGAUGUCACCCAAGCGCAGGCAGAGGCGGCCAGAAAGCACAUGGCCAGCCACAUUUGGCGCCUGGCAAAACCGUAGGAAUUUCUGUAGCUGUUGGAGCUGCCCAAAGGAGGCAGAAGAGUUGGACAUCCAAAAA